AGAGAGCCGACCCUAUGGCUCAGGGCUGAGCUAUAUAAGUACCGGUCACAGACCUGGACUUCACAUUCACUCUCUCUCCUCCUCAUUCCAACUAUUUAGCAACUGCUCUGUAAAUAUACCACAGAAAAAAGCAGGAGUACAAAACCUUUCCAUUUCACAGAGAAACCUUUGCCUGGAGAGACCUGUGUGUGAGAGGUCAAAGAGGUCAGAGGUCAUUAACGGGAGCCAGGAUGGGAUGCUUCUCAAGAUGGACAUUUCUUCUGCUUCUUUUAGGAUUUACAGGCACCUUUUCUCAAGGGCCGUGGAGAAGUAUCAUGGGGACAUCAUGGAGACCAAACCCAGCUGUGUACCAUAACGAAGAUAAUUAUGAGUGGACCACAUGGUUCAAUGUAGAUCACCCUGGAGGGCAAGGAGACUAUGAGAAGCUGAAUGCCAUUCGUUUUUAUUAUCGAGCCCGUGUCUGUGAGGUUCCUCGAGCUCUAGAGGCACGUACCACCGAGUGGAUCCCAGCUCGAAGCACUGGGGAAAGAGUACAUGCUGACCCAGCUCUGGGCUUCUGGUGCAUCAAUGAUGAACAGCCUGUUGGGAGAAACUGCUCAAACUAUGCUGUACGUUUCCUGUGUCCUAAAGAAAUAGUUUCAGAUGUUGAAGAAGUGAUAUGGGGUCCAUGGUCAGACUGGAGUCUGUGUCAAGCUCAGUGUGAUCAGGUUGCAAUACAGCAUCGCUCUAGAAGCUGCAAAUCCAGUUCCAAACAAUGCAACGGUCAAACUGUCGAAGCCAGGUCAUGCCAAGGACCACCUUGCCCACGCUGUGAACUGCACUGUGUAAUGGGCAAGGUAAAUGAUGAGUGUGAUGGCUGCAAGUGCCAGGAUCAUACAGUUUUAGGAUCAGUCCGUAGUGCCGGGGGUCUUCCUGCACCUGGAGCUGCCAUCCUCCAUGCUGGUCCUAGGCCCAAACUCUUUACUGUAACUGAUCACAAUGGUCAUUUUCAAGUCCCUGGCAUCUGCCCUGAUGGCAACACAACUCUAAUGAUCAAGCUCAAAAAUCACUCUCCACAUCAAGUCACUGUGCCCCUGAGCACCGAACGCACCUCCGUUCUCCAUUUGAAGCUAGAGAGAGCAAAAAAACUGUAUGUGUUGAAAAACCCUGAGAACAAGGCCAGAAGGGAAGGUCAGACAGCUGCCUUCUGUUGUAAGGUUGAUGGGACACCUGAACCAAUCCAGUAUGAAUGGUUCCACAAUGGUACUCUGCUGGACAGGAGUCAAUAUCAAUAUGAUGAGACACUGGUUCUGAGGAAUGUCAGUUUGGACCAUAUAGGAGAAUACUACUGCAGAGCCAGUAAUGAGAAUGGAGCUAUCAAAUCUAAGCCAGCUACCCUCACAGUUAUUGGUCAAAAAGCCCCAUCAUGCAACCCUAAACCUUAUUCCCAUCUGAUUCGACUGCCACACGACUGCUUUCAAAAUGAGACCAACUCUUUGUACUACGAUGUGGGGAGAUGCCCAACAUCUGCGUGCACAGGGAAGCUGGAUAACGGCAUCAGAUGCAAAGACUCAAUUUCCUACUGCUGUGGAAUUUCAGACAUGGAGAAGAAAGAGAUUUCAUGUCAGGGAUAUCAGUUGCCUGUCAUGGUAGUAACUCAAUGCGGUUGUAAAACAUGUGUGGACACAAAGGCUAUCAUUCGUGGACGUGCUAUCGCAGCAGACACUGGUGAGCCCAUGAGGUUUGGACACAUCUACAUGGAUGGUGCAAGAGUAAGUCGAACUGGAUACAAAGGCACAUUCUCUAUCCAGGUACCAACAAACACAGAGCGUAUGGUCCUCACCUUUGUGGACAACAUGCAGAAGUUUGUGAAUACCACAAAAGUGCUACCAUUCAAUCCUAGAGGUGGAGCUGUGUUCCACGAGAUCAAGCUGUUGAGGAAAAAGCCAGCUGUGAUUAUUAGCUCAAGAGAGACUAAUAAGCUAGAUCUUGGUGAGAUAGAAGGCCAGGAACCCAUUGCUGAGAUCGAGAUCCCACCAGAUGCAUUCUAUAAAGAAAAUGGAGAGGUGUUCAUGGGAAAUGUCAAGGCCAGUGUGACUUUCCUUGACCCCAGGGAUGUAUCAACAGCAGCGGCAGCCCAAAGUGAUCUCAACUUUAUUGGCAAUGAAGGUGACACUCUGCCCUUGAGGACCUAUGGAAUGUUCUCUGUGGACUUCAGGGAUGAAGAAGGAGGUGAUUCGCUCAAUGCCGGAGAGGUGAAAGUGCGUCUCGAUGCAGCACAAGUGAAGAUGCCCGAGCACUUGAAGACCAUGAAAUUAUGGUCCCUUAAUCCUGACACUGGUUUGUGGGAGGAAGAGGGCCAGUUCCAGGCUGAGAAGAAACAAAGGGGGAAAAGAGAGGAGAGGACCUUCCUCAUAGGUAACAUGGAAAUCCGUGAGAGACGUCUGUUUAACUUGGAUGUACCUGAGAACAGGAGAUGUUAUGUGAAAGUGCGGGCUUUCCGUAGUGAACGAUACAUGCCUAGCGAGCAAACUGAAGGAGUUGUGAUGACUUUAAUAAAUAUGGAGCCCACACCAGGGUUUUCAACCAACCCUCGGGCUUGGGGUAGAUUUGAUAGCGUCAUUACGGGCCCAAAUGGUGCAUGUCUUCCAGCCUUCUGUGAUGAACAAAAAUCAGAUGCAUAUUCAGCCUACGUCAUGGCCAACCUAGGGGGAGAAGAGCUAGAAGCAGUAGCAUCCUCUCCAAAGUUGAACCCUAACAUUAUUGGUGUCCCGCAGCCAUAUUUGAAUAAACUGAACUACAGACGCACAGAUCAUGAUGAUCCCAGAAUAAAAAAGACAGCAUUUAGCAUCAAUUUGGCCAAACCUCGAUCAAAUGUGGCUGAGGAGGCCAAUGGUCCAGUUUAUUCAUUUGACAAACUUAAAGAGUGUGAGGAAGCGCCAUUCAGUGCAGCUCAUUUCCGUUUCUCAAGAGUUGAAGGAGAUCGGUACGAUUACAACACAGUGCCUUUUAAUGAGGAUGACCCCAUGAGCUGGACUGAAGACUAUUUGAGUUGGUGGCCAAAACCGAUGGAGUACAGGGCCUGCUACAUUAAAGUAAAACUUAACAGCGGCCAUGAGCUAAAUGUCCGCUCUCGCAAUAUGGGAGGUACCCAUCCAAAAGCUGUUGGCCAACUGUAUGGCAUUCGUGAUACAAGAAGCAUCCGAGACAUGGAUCAAUCAACUGUUUCAGCAGUGUGUCUGGAGUUCAAGUGCAGUGGGAUGCUGUAUGAUCAAGACCGAGUGGAUCGGACCCUUGUGAAAGUAAUGCCUCAGGGCAGCUGUAAGCGAGACAGUGUAAACAGCAUGCUUCAGGAAUACUUGGUAAAUCACCUUCCACUGGCUGUCAACAAUGACACAAAUGAGUUCACCAUGCUUGCACCUCUAGACCCUCUUGGCCACAACUAUGGUAUAUAUACGGUAACUGACCAAGAUCCUAGAACAGCCAAAGAAAUUGCACUUGGCCGUUGCUUUGAUGGCACUUCAGAUGGCACCUCUCGAGUCAUGAAGAGCAAUGAAGGAGUGGCAUUAACUUUCACCUGUGGCGAUAAAGAGAUCACUAGGCAGAGCAUGUUCCAGCAGAUACAGAACUCAAUGGGUCAGGCCACAGCUGGAAGUGCACAGUCAGGAAGACGAAACCGGAAGCAGAGGGGUGGCUCAACAGCACCUCGCAGUAGUAAGAGGAGGAGUACUCGUAAUUCCUACAUACGUGCCCAGACCACUGGUUGAUAUUCCUAGAACUUAAAAAAUAUACAAGACUAGACAGAUCCAUUCCCUUAUGAGAGCAGCUCUCAUAUUUUACUCAAAAGUUACUGGAUUUAAGCCAUUUUAAAACUUAAAAACAUUAAGAUUGUUUUUGAAUAUGGCUGGGGCAACAUCCCAAAGCAAUUUAGUAUUGCUGAUAACAUCAACUGGCAAACAGUAUUACAGAUUUCAUGAAUUGCUCAAGUAAUGGAGUGAAGACAACACUUUUUCCUUCAUUAAAGGCCUAUCAAAGCCAUAAACUACAAUCAUAUUA